GUGUUCUUUCGGAACUUCAUUCUGACGUUUUAUGCUCUGAGGAGUGUCAAACGAAAAAGCUUUUAGUAUGUCGUAAAAUGUUUGCUUUUUUCAAAGCCAUUUUCAAAAUAAGUGCUAUGUUGCAGUACAGUAGACUCCGGUUACAGUCGCACCAAAUGUUGCUUGAAUAUUUGUGACUGUAAACGGAAUGUGACUGUAAGAGGAGCUAAAUUGAAUAGUUUUUAUAUCUGAGUCUAAAUUCCAUGUAACUGUAAUGGGUAGUGCGACUUUAAGCAGAGUCGAUUGUACAAAUGUUGGAACAGUUGAAUGUAUCGGUAAUGAAAAUGGAGAUCGGUCGCGAUAAUGGUGAAUGGUUAUGAUUUUGAUUAUGUAUUGACUGAGCAAAUAUUCGUUUCUUGCAACUUGACACUACUGGAUACCUCUGAAACGGCUUGUUUCUUUAUCACAUAAAGAACAGACCCAACAGAUGUGAUUCAAAACAGAUGAAAUCACAUUUCAGACUAGCUGUCAACAUGAUUAACGAUUAUAUUUGCUUUUACUCCAAGAAACGUCGUGCGUUUUCAUGACCUUGCUAGGAGCACAGUUCCGGGUUCGUAUGACAGAGCAACAACAUAUCAGUGGACCUGGUUUUAUAGACCACAAUCCAUUGUUGCCCAAACUACUGGCAUGUAGAAACACUGGCUUCAAAAUCUAGUCAUUCUUAUUCUGUAAUAACUACAUUGACAAGAAGGAACUAGCUGGUACUUUAGCAAAUACACUCAUUUUUGGUGCUUUAUUGAUAUGCAUAUAUCUUGUCUUUUUGGUUGAACGAGAGGGUACGUACGCCACGGUUGGCAAUUGUCCAAACAUGCCUUCGACAUUCAUUAUCUUCAAUGCAUUGAUAUCUGCAUGCAUAUCACUCUUUGGAGCUGUUGGAAACAUACUGAUCAUUAUCGCAUUUAUCAAGACCAAAAGCCUACAGACGGUGAACAACGUCUUCUUGUUCCAGCUUGCAAUCGUUGACUUUACUAAAGCGGUCUUUAUUUUGUCGGUGAAAGCUUAUACGGAACUGGCAGACGAACAUUAUGUUGCCUCUUAUUACUGUCCGUUCUCGGGGUUCAUUUCCUGCGUUACUUUCAUCCACUCCGCAAUGCUUCUUGCCGCCAUAGCAGUGGUCCGAUAUGUGAAAAUAGUAAAAACACGCUCUUUCGAAAGAAUGUUUACACGCAAACGAAUGGUCUACUACUGUGUCGGUUUGGCCGCCUCGACUAUCCUUCUUGCGAUACUGCCUCUUGUAGGUGUUGGUGAAUACGCAUACAGUGACUAUCAUGGCGUAUGCUUUACAAACUGGGAGAGUAAAAAUGCUGUGUUUCGCUCGCUUUUCUAUGUGUAUGUAAUGGGUUUGUGCUUCCCUGUCAUUAUUUUUUGCUACGCAUAUAUAUUCCUGUCUUUGAGGAAACACAAGCAGAGAAUAUUGGAUAACGCGCGGUUAGCACGGAAGCGUUCUGCACAGAAGGCGGCAUCGCUCAAGGCCGCAUUAGUGCAAAAGAAGAAAGAAGGGUCAUACAGGAUCAUGAAAAGCUCAUCAAACUUGCCGGUCGUCACUGAACCAGGCAAGGAGCAAAAUUCUGCGAAUGAUGAAAAGAAGUCUGUGGAAUGGAGCGUGAAGUUGGAAGUGGGGAAAAGCGAGGAAGUCAGUUGCGAUAAUGAUGACAAUGAUUAUGAUGAUGACAUUGCUGACAAUAACAGCAAGAGCUUGGACGAAACAACAAAGCAACCUGAGCCACCAAAGCAGACUGAAGGAACUGACAAUGAGACUAAAGAAAGUAGCAACCAAUUGACUGUAAAGGACACACCAACCAAAAGCGGUAGGCCGACGAGUCGAAAAAUCACAUUCCCAGCUUUCCUCACUAAGAAAGAAAAAGAGACGGACAGUAAUGGUGGACGUAAAGCGAACUUGUCGAGUCAUGCUAUUAACAAAGAGAUUCGCAUUACCAAGGUCAUGUUUACUGUUGUCAUAGCGUUUUGUAUAUGCUGGCUGCCUGCUUUUUUCGCCAACGUUUUAAUGCUCACCAACGCAGUACACAUCUCCCCUACUGGCCUCUAUAUUGUCAUUACACUGGUGGAUAUGAAGGUUAUAUUGAAUCCCCUAGUUUACGGAAUAUGGAACAAGCAGUUUCGUAGAGCACUGAAGUCGAUAUUUGUCAACGUGAUUGCAGAUGUGAGCAGCUCGCGCGAACCGAACUCCCGCAAUUCGCAAUCACAGUCGAAUGCGGCGGCCUCGUGAAAACAUUCCCCUAACUCAUUUUGGGACUUCGUCUGAUUAAGCAAUUAAGAAUUAUUUAAGGUUGUAUUUUUCUUAUUAUCUUGAUCUAGACUGUAUCGGCUCUACCGCCAACAAAGUAAUUUCUUAAAGAUACUCGAUUUACCAUUACCAAAAGCUGGCAACCAACAUACAAUUUUCACGUUAUCCUCUCUCUGUAUUCAUAUAAUUUAAAACACUAAAAAUGCUUGCUUUACUUUCACUCUUUUUGUGUGUAUGAUAGUGAUAUGAAACCGAUUUUCACACGACAGUAGUUUAUUACAUUUUCAUGUCAGAUAUUUCUAUUCAAAACAAAACUAGAAGUCGUUUUAAAGUCAUUCUUCUGAGAGCUGAUCAAUUUUGCUCAUACCCCCGUGAUUUUGGUCGGUAAAAUAUAAUGCAUGAAACAAAGAGCUAUUAAGAAACUACUGUCACUUCAAGUUGUAAAAGUAUGUACGUUCUAUUAUGUAUGUAUUAUAUGAUUAUCUUUGAGUGGACUUUUAGGCACGACAACACAUUUGGAGCUGGGGUGUAGUGCCGUUGAACGAGCAAGGAGAGCAAUCUCACAAGAAUAUCUCAAAAGGCAAAAGUAACAAUUAAAAAUUGACCCUCGUUAAAAAUGAGACCACGCAAUUUUAACCCGAACCACAGACAUACCCCAUCCCCUUCGCUCUCCUCCUAUCAUUACAUUUUGAUGACUUUAUGCCAAAUACUGAUACAAGAUUAAUGUACCAUCCAUCUCUCGAGGAUUGUGUUUUGAAUGUAGAAAUUAUCUUGCACUCUAAAAUAUAUCCACACUUAUGUUUUAAGCCUACUAAUCAACGUCUGGCUACCAGGUGUUGUCAAACAUCACCUGUAAAUUCAGACAAAAGAGGUGUAAUAGCAUGGUUUUACGAAUAAGAUUUCUAAUCUUUGAA